AUGGAUUGGACCUACGAAAGCACGCACACGCAGGACAGGAGCUUACGCGCACGAGCCGCGGGAGAUGAGAUAUUGGAGAGGAAAGGCGUAGGCGUUGUUGAUUUGGAGCAAGGAUGGGACGAGAUGGGACUACGCAAUGGAGAGAGCUGCAGUCUGGGUGGAAGUGGAAGUGGAGGUGGUGGUGGUGGUGGUGGUGGUGGUAACAACGUUGGUGUUCGGAACGUGGGGUUUUGGUUAGGAAUGAUGAAGUUGGGAUUGGAGAUGACCAAGGAAAUGGACUUGGGCCGAGACUGCUUGGUGCGCUUGAGGCGGGUGGGUUAUUCGUCUUCUGCAGGUGCGGGAACGACAGCGGACGUAGCCAGCGCGGGUGGUCGUAAGGGAAGUAGUAGCAGCAGUGGUGGUGGUACUACCGAGGAUGAUGACGAUGAUGCUGGUGGUGAUGGCGGCUGGGAAGAGUGGGAGUGGGAGUGGGAGUGGGAGUGGUGGUGA